AUGAAUGAACUAACUGAGAAACAUAUCCCAGUUCAACAUGAAUGUCUGGAAAAGAUGAUACAGAAUGGGCACGCUCGGCGAAUGGGAUCAGUUGAGGAUCUUUAUGUUGCCCUCAACAGACAAAACUUAUAUCGGAACUUUUCGACAUAUGCUGAACUAAACGAUUACUGUACUAGGGAUCAGCUUACACUAGCUUUGAGGGAGUUAUGCUUAAAGAAUCCAACCCUUUUGCACAUUGUGUUACCCACAAGAUGGCCAAAUCAUGAAACUUAUUACCGUAGCUCAGAAUAUUAUUCACGGCCUCACCCAAAACAUGAUUACAUUUCAGUUUUACAAGAAUUGAAGCUGGACGGUGUGGUUCUCAAUGAUCAACCUCAGUAUAGUGCAAUUAUGAAGCAAAUAUUGGAAGAAUUCAAGAAUAGUAAUGGUACUUAUACUGCGAAAAUCUUUAAAUACACUACCAAAUUGACUAUUCCUUACUUCGGACCAAAUGGUCCCAAUUGGCGGCUAAUCUGUCUUCCAGAAGAACAUACAGAUAGAUGGAAGAAAUUUAUCUUUGUCUCUAAUCACUGCAUGUCUGAUGGUAGAUCUUCGAUUCACUUUUUUCAUGAUCUAAGGGAUGAAUUAAAUAGGAUCAAAACUCCGCCAAGAAAAACAGACUACAUUUUCCAGUAUGAAAGCGACUAUCAAUUGUUAAGAAAGCUUCCAGAACCAAUCGAAAGGGUGAUAGACUUUAGGCCACCAUAUUUGUUUAUUCCAAAGUCCCUUUUUUCGGGAUUCAUCUAUAAUCAUUUAAGGUUUUCUUCAAAGGGUAUUUGUAUGAGAAUGGAAGAUAUGGAAAAGUGUGAUGACGUUGUUACCGACAUUAUCACUAUUACACCAUCAGAACUUCAAGAAAUUAGAGCAAAAAUAAAACUAAAUAUUCAAGGCAAGUGUACCAUCACGCCAUUUUUACAGGUUUGUUGGUUUGUAUCUCUUCAUAAAUGGGGCAAGUUUUUCAAGCCGCUGAACUUUGAGUGGCUCACGGAUAUUUUUAUUCCCGCAGAUUGCCGUUCAGAACUACCGGAUGAUGAAGAAGUGAGGCAGAUGUAUAGAUAUGGCGCUAAUGUUGGGUUUGUUGACUUCACCCCGUGGAUAAGUGAAUUCGAUAUGAAUGACAGUGAAGAAAACUUUUGGCCCCUUAUUAAACACUACCAUGAAGUAAUUUCAGCCGCCCUAAAAGAUAAGAAACACCUUCAUGGGUUGGGGUUUAACAUACAAGGCUUCGUCCAAAAAUAUGUGAAUAUUGACAAGGCAAUGUGUGAUCGUGCCAUUGGAAAAGCACGUGGUGGUACCUUGUUGAGUAAUGUUGGUAUGUUCAAUCAAGUGAAGGAGCCGGACACCAAAUAUUCUAUAAGGGACUUGGCGUUUGGUCAAUUUCAGGGGUCGUGGCAUCAAGCAUUUUCAUUAGGCGUUUGUUCGACUAAUGUGAAGGGGAUGAACAUUCUUGUAGCUUCAACCAAAAAUGUUGUGGGCAGUCAAGAAUCGUUGGAAGAACUUUGCUCCAUUUUCAAGUCUCUGCUUUUAGGAACCUAG